AUGACUUUACAGCUUAAAACCAGAGCUGGACUGUUUGACCUGCACUGCUCUGUGGGCCUGACGGACUGGGACAUGGAGAAGGAGCUCAAACUGGCAACAACCACAGACCAGUUUUACCACGAUGAUAAGCUGAAUGAUCAAUAUGUGGUCCAGAGGCCGUCUGCAAGAGCCCCGAGAAGAAAAGAUGAAUUCAUUUGGUACGAUAAAACUUCAGACACCUUUGUGAAGCCAAACCUGUGGCUGUUGGUGAAUCCUAACAUCGCCUGCCCGAUCCAGUAUAGAGAACGUGCAGCAGAUGUGCAGGCGCUCUCUGAGCCUGCAGAGGAAGUCCAAACACCACUACUGGACCCCGCAGAGACCCAUGAUGCUCCUCUGCAGGAGCAACAGCUGCGCUCUGUUUCCUCCUCCACUGAGUACAUGAUCACGAAUGAAGACGUCUUCUUUCAACCAGCCAAGAACAGACCCAAGGGACGGACCACGAAGGCCAGGGACAGUAAGACCGUGAAGCCAGGAUGCUGGCCUCGUCCACCAGUGAACUACUGCAUCCUCAUCGCCUUGGCGCUCAAGAGCAGCCACACUGGAAGCCUCAAAGUCCAGCAGAUUUACCACUUCACCAGAGAGCACUUCCCCUUCUUUCAGACAGCUCCAGAUGGCUGGAAGAACACCAUCCGGCACAACCUGUGCUUCAACAACAGCUUCCGCAAAACCUGCAACCAGCUGUGCAGAGACGGCAAGAGGAAGUCGUGUUUUUGGCACCUGACUCUGGACGGCCAACGGCGGCUCAAGGACGAGGUCCGCACCCUGACGGCAGAAACCUUGAAGCAGCUGGAGAGGAGCAUGUCCCGCCCAGAUGUAAUACGGGCUUUGCUUGCUCAGUGA